UCAGCAUUUCUCUCCUCAUGAGCAGUCACGCUGACAGCUCGAGAGGAGAGCCGGUAAUCGGCAUCCCUCAGAGGGGACAUGUACACUGAUGAUCAGGGCACUGAUGAUCAGUGUGCCCUGAUGAUCAGUGUAGCCCCAGUAGUGCCACCUGUCAGUGUCCAUCAAUGCCAGCUGUCAGUGCUUAUCAAUGCCACCUGCCAGUGCCCAUCAGUGCCACCCGCAAGUUCCGCCCACCUGUGCCCAGCAGUGCGCCCACUAGCCCCGCCCACCUGUGCCCAGCAGAUCACCCACCUGUGCCCAGCAGUG